GGGAGGGGGGGCAUGGGUUGGGUGAAACUAGUCCUUAAUCCGUCCAUCUUUGCUCCUCGAUCCUUUCCAAUCUCUGCAUUACUUUCUCAUCUUUUUCUGAAUUCUGAUGGCAUAUAGAUCCGCCGAUAAAGCUCAGUUACUGGGCGCAUGUCAUCAUCUCCAUUCUGGUUUUCUUUUUAACUAUUAUAUAUAAUUAACCGACUCUAGGAAUGGAAUAAAUAGAAGAUCUUCGUGAUGUGGAGAUGCCCAUAAAUAACAGAACUUAACUGGGUGCUAGCUUGCCAAAUGCCAACCAUGGAGGUUAUUGGAGUGCGCCUUUUUUAUUUGUUCGCUGUUGCUUUCACUAAAGUGUGUUAGUAGUAUCCAAGUUUAGCGCAGUUGCAUCGCUAAUUCAGAUACUGACUGGUGCCUCGAGGGAAGGGAAAGACUAAAGCUAGAGGGGUCGAAUUCCGGCUGAUUAUUAAGAAUCAAAGCUCUAGCUAGGCAAGCCAUGGAUAAGUCCUCCGACGUCCGAUCCUGCCGUGUCCACAUUCAGGGAAUGACAUGCACUGCGUGCUCCACCACCAUCGAAUCCUCCCUCCGGAACAUCAACGGAGUCCGAUUCGCUGCCGUUGGCUUAGCAACCCAAGUGGCCGAAAUCGAGUACGACGCCAACAUGGUUGCCCUCAACCAACUAAUCCAAGCCAUCGACGACAUGGGUUUUGAAGCCUCAAUUAUCUCCACCGGCGAAAACACCACCAACUUCCACCUCAAACUGGAAAGCCCGGUUGAAAAAGAGCUUCUCCAAACCAUUCUUGGAAAGUUACAAGGAAUCCAAGACAUAGAAAUAGACCAAUCUGACAAAACCACCUUGGUUAUUUCUUACUCACCUGAUGUCAUAGGUCCCAGAAAGAUAAUCUCGGCAGUGGAAUCCAGCGGACUCAAAGCAUCGCUCGUCGACGAGAGAGAGAAAGAAGCUCGACUGAAGAACAGCGAUGUGAGGAGCUACUACCGUAGCUUCCUCUGGAGUCUGGUUUUCGCCAUCCCAAUGCUGUUGUUGUCCAUGGUGUUCAUGUACAUUCCAUCCUUUAAAGCUGGAUUCCUCGACAAAAAGGUAGUUAACAUGCUCUCGGUUGGAGAGGUCUUGAGGUGUGCAUUGUCCACCCCAGUGCAAUUUAUCAUCGGCUGGCGAUUUUACGUCGGAGCAUACAAGGCUGUGAAGCUACGUUCUACCAACAUGGACUGUUUGGUUGCAGUGGGUACCAACACUUCGUAUUUCUACUCCAUCUACGUAAUUGUACGAUCCUCUACCUCAAAGCGUUUCGAUAACGAGGAUUUCUUCGAAACAGCGACGAUGUUAAUCUCGUUAAUCCUCCUCGGCAAGUAUUUGGUGGCACUGGCAAAGGGAAAGACGAGUGAUGCAAUUUCGAAGCUCGUGAAGCUCACGCCGGAGAUGGCGAGGUUGGCGGUUUUCGACGACAGCGGGAGAGUAAUUGGGGAGGAGACGAUUGAUCGGCGAUUAGUGGAGAAGGGAGACGUGGUGAAGGUCUUGCCCGGUGAGAAGGUUAGCGUGGAUGGGACAGUAGUGAUGGGAGAGAGCCACGUCGAUGAAAGUAUGGUCACCGGAGAAUCGAGGAGGGUCCGGAAGAGGGUCGGCGAUGAGGUAAUCGGGGGUACGAUGAACGGUUCCGGAGUGCUGCAUGUGCGAGUGACUUGCAUUGGGUCGGAGACUGUGUUGGCACGUAUCAUCCAGCUCGUUGAAGGGGCUCAGAUUGGAAAGGCGCCGGUGCAAAAACUGGCCGAUCGUAUCUCGAAGUAUUUCGUACCAGUGGUGAUAUGUAGCGGUAUAGCAACUUGGUUGGGCUGGUAUGUGGCUGGGAUAUUGGAAAUGUAUCCAAGAAAUUGGGUGCCAGGUUACAUGGACAGGUUUGAAAUGGCCCUACAGUUUGGAAUUUCAGUUGUGGUGGUAGCCUGUCCGUGUGCCUUGGGGUUGGCUACGCCCACGGCAGUUAUGGUAGGAACUGGCGUUGGUGCCUCUCAUGGCGUGCUUCUCAAGAGUGGACAAGCGCUGGAGAGCGCACACAAGGUCAAUUGCGUGGUGUUUGACAAGACAGGAACAUUAACCAUGGGAAAGCCAACAGUCGUGGGUACAAAGCUGCUUAUGGAUAUAUCUCUUCCUGAUUUUUAUAAGUUGGUGGCUGCAACAGAGGUUAACAGUGAGCACCCACUAGGGAAGGCUAUGGUAGAGCAUGCAAAGACCCUUGUAGAAACCCAGUUUUGGCCUGAGGCUCAUGACUUUGAGGCUAUUACGGGUCAUGGAGUAAAGGCCAUGGUCUGCAAAAAAAGUAUUGUCAUUGGAAACAAUAGUCUCAUGCAACAGUGCAACAUCGAAAUUCCAAGAGAAGCUUCCAAUUACAUGGAUGAAUCUCAAAAACUGGGCCAGACUGCAGUCCUCGUAUCUGUCGACAAAGAUGUUGUGGGAGUUAUUGCAGUCUCAGAUCCAGUGAAGCCGGAGGCGUCUGGAAUCAUUUCCAUCUUAAGGAGGAUGGGUUUGAAAAGUCUGAUGGUCACUGGAGACAGCAUGGUGACAGCAAAUGCAGUAGCUAAAGAGGUGAAGACUGAUUUUGUUGUAGCUGAAGCAAAACCCGAAGAUAAAGCUAGGAAAGUUGGAGAAUUGCAGAAGGAAGGGUUCAUAGUGGCAAUGGUGGGGGAUGGGAUCAAUGACUCGCCAGCAUUGGCUGUUGCAGAUGUAGGAGUGGCUAUUGGAGCAGGUUCCGACAUUGCUAUUGAGGCUGCUAAUGUUGUUUUGAUGAGAAGCAGCCUUGAAGGUGUGAUUACUGCUAUUGACCUUUCUAGAAAAACAUUCAACAGGAUCAAAUUGAACUAUGUGUGGGCUCUGGCUUACAAUGUCAUGGCAAUACCCCUAGCUGCUGGGGCAUUCUUCCCUUUUACUGGAUUCCGUGUGCCACCAUGGAUUGCUGGUGCUGCCAUGGGUGCUUCUUCAGUAAGUGUUGUCUGUUCUUCACUCUUGCUCAAGUACUACAGAAGGCCCUCAGACCUGGACCUCCUUGAAUUCCAUGAAGUCAAAGUCGAAUAGGUAAAUGUGGCAAGCUGGCCAUACCAUUUGCUAUUUUAGGUCUCACUAUUAGCUCUCUAA